AUGCAUACUCUCAACUUCCUCGCAACACUCGCCGCCUGCAUCACCGCAGAAGCUCAUCUACACCACCACCUCCCCAUCGCCGCCUCAGCCCCAGCGAUCACCCAAGCCGCUGUCGCAAGCAGAGUCCGAGCCGCCGCCGUCGUCACCGUUACCGUGACGAGCUGGACGACAACCGUCGUGACCAAGACCGAGACCGACACUGUCGUCGAGACGGUGACGAAAUGGGUGCCGCCGCCCACCACGGUGCGCUCUACGACCUCGACGACGACGUCCAGCAGGGUCUCGUCCACGGCGCGGUCGACGACGCAGCCGCCGGCGCCUGAGCAGACGCAGACCAAGUACGGGCAGUGCGGCGGGUCGGGGUACACCGGAGCUACCAAGUGCGCGGCUGGGUCGAGCUGUUCUGCGAAGAGUUUCUUCUGCACUGGGACCCAGUCCUGGGCCAUCGAUUGCAUUCCCUCGGCGAAGAUCGGCGCCAAGGCAUUCAUCGUCCACGAUAUGUCACGAAGAACGGCUUAA